GUCGUUCGUUCGUUCGUUCUUCGUCUUCGAUCUUCGAUCAUGUCGUCGUCGUCGUCGCGUGUGCGUGUGUGAACUAAAAAGAAGGAAAACUUUGUUCGGAAAAUUUGGCCUACCAGCGGUGGAAAAACGAAGAAAAUUCGAUCGCCGUCGGUGGUUUACGGUGUGGAAAAACUUUUCGCACAGUUGGAAUUAGCGGAGGAGCGCCGGAAUUGUCGGAACGAGGGCGCGUUUGUUUCCAGCGCACACCGCCGCCGAAGGUGCCCUCGCCUCAGCAGCAGCAAGCAGAAAAGGGAAGAAUCUGAUUUUCGAAUUCGCGUGUGGCCGCAGCAGCAGAAAAUAUCGAUAAAGUGUGUGUAUUUUGGAAGUGAGUGUGGGAAAUUAUCACUUGAGGGUGAAGAAAAUGUCGAUGGUGAAAAAGUGGUAGCGUAAAGCACGCAAAGUGAAUCCCCUCUGGUGUGUGGAUAUAAGGAAGAAAGGCGACGUUUCCGAGUCUGCCGAUAUGUUUCAAGCGCAUUCACGAAUCACCAGGAGUAACGAGGCAAGUCCGUCAUCAUCGCCAAUGGCAGCGGCAGCAGCAGCAAGUGGAGCAGCGCUCAAUACCAGCACUGACAGCAAUUUAGACGAUGACCCCAACAGUUCAAUAAUGAACAAAGUCCGAUCCCGCGUAUCGAGCAUCCUUCCGGACGCCCUGUCCAAAUGGUUUUCCCCCGCAAAAAGACCGAGGGAUACCGGCAGUGGCAGCAACGAACCUAACAACAGCGGAGGUUCGGGAUCGCCGACCGGCCGCAACGGAAACCUACUGAGAAGGGAAAACCGACUGCGACAGUUUGGCUUCGGCGAAUCGGAGCUGGCAGAUGCCGAACGGCAGCAGCAACAGAGGAAUCAGUACGAUCCCGAGGACGAUGAUGGGGAGGAAGAAGAGGAUGAGGACCAUGCUCCUCCGAUUAGGAAAAAGAAGCGAAUGGAGGAGGGAUUUAAUGCCACCGAGGUCGAUUUCAACGAGGAUCUGAGUGCGGUACCCGGUCCCAGUGGUCUCAACAUCUCUGCCAUCGAUCGUCGCAGUUCGCUUCCGGCGGCAGCGUCAGGCAUUCACCUUCCCCAAUACUACCGGAAUGCAUUCUCCUCGUCGACGCCUUCCACAUCCCCGCAGCAGCAACAACAGCAGCAGCAGCAAGCGCUAAAUCGUCCCCUGCAGCGUACCAGUUUGAUUGGUCAUACGAAUCGAGUUACGGCACCGUAUAAUUUCGGUGUUUCCGGUGGGCUGCCGAUUGCGGAGGAGCAGGAAGCCAACGAAAGCCUAUCGGUAUCGAUCCGGCAGCGCAAGGGUAUCCGGGAGAUUAGCAGUCGGAAACGUCUGAACAUUCCACCGAUGCCGGUGGAUCGUUCAACGUCGGAACCUCCGGCGCCGAUCUUCGGUCGGAGGUUCCCACUGCAGAUGCAGCAGCAGCAGCUACAGGAGGAAGGAAGCUCCGAGGAGUUACGGGAAGAGGGAAAUUUGCUGUCAAAUGGCAAUUUGAACGAAAGUGCGUCGGAGAGUAGCAGCGUGUCCAACCUGAACCUGAGUCAGACGGAGGGACACCCGGAUACCGGUAGACGGUUAUCCGGAUUUAUGGGAAACAGUCGGAGCAAGCGGUCCAGGGUCGGAGGUUCCACUGGCGAUCUUUGCUUUUCGUCGCAUUUGGAAACAGAAAAGAGUCUGUUUGCGUUGAAGAACUCCGGUCAAUCCGGACGGCCAGCGUUCAAUGCGUCGCUUUAUGGAAGCACCACGUCGCUGGGCAGCAGUAACAGCAGUUUGUUUGCCAAUUCUCCGUUUUACAACGGAAGGACAAUGUAUGGUGGGGCUUCUGCGUAUAGCAGUCGUCGAGAUGCUCGGCAGAAGGCUCUGAGAGUUCCGGUUCAAAUUAGGCCGUCAUCGUCCCUGUCCAAUUUCUCAUCUUCCAACACCAGUCUGGCGUCGGACACUUCGGCACUCUCGAAUACGGCCAAACGAAUCUUGGAGAUUCUGAACCAACGUUCCGGCCCGUUGACUGAAGCUCGAAAGCUGGGAAGCAGCUUGAGUUUGAAUAGUACGCUGAGUUCCUCGAAGGUACCCGGCCUUGUCCAGGCCCGGAAGCGUUUCAACGAGGAAGAUCUCAGCAUGAACCGCAGCAUCCGAAUGUCUAGUCCUCGAACACCGUACAGUCGUCCAAUGAGUGCCACCGGAAGUUCCAGCUCCUCCAUCAACAAGCCACUCAGCACCGAGCUGCAAAUCCCAACCAUGUCUCAGUUGCUACAGAUGAAGCGUCUCCAAACUAAUACCGAGUCCGCCCGGCGGAUGGCCACCGAAUCCAGCGGCAGCACGAUUCUGAACGAACCGACCCAAUACAAACUGCCCAGUGCCGAGUCGGACGACACCAACAACAACGUCAAACACACCAGCAAGAUGCGCAACAAGUUGCACCGGAUCCGGGAAGAAUCGCACACCGAACGGGGAAGCAACGCUCCCGUGCCACAAGUCAACCUGCCGGAAGUGCAACUGGCAGGGCUGAAAUCAGUUCCUAAAUUCGACAUCCAAUUGCCCGUUUCCAAGGCAGUAGAAACCGGUGACAAACCGAAAACGGUUGCGCCCAAAGCUACCAACAACAAUAACAACAACGUGUAUAAAUUCUCAUCGCCAACCAAACUGGACGUGGCCGGCGCUGGAUCCAGCACAGCUUCCAAAUCUCGAAACAACUUUAAAUUCAGUGAUCCGGAACCGCUGAGGGAUGGCAAAAGCAACAGCAGCAGCAGUAGUAGUACCCCGGCACCACCUUCACUCAAACUUGGGGGAUUCCAAUUCAACCCGGAAUUGGCCAAACCGAAAGCCGCGGUUCCCGCAAGCCAGUCGAGUCCCGUUAAAGCACCGCUACCGCUGAAAAGUGGUAGCUGUUUGGAUGCUCUAAAAGGCAGCUCCGCGGUUCCCGAGCUGAAAACCGGCAGUUGCUUGGACGUUCUCAGCAAACCGGUGGCUCUAGCUCCGCUUGGCAACGGCUCCGCCUCUGGAUUCGGAAGCGCCUUUAAGCUGACCGGUUCCAACAAGUGGGAAUGCGAUACCUGUAUGGUGCGGAACGAUCAGGACAAAACGAAAUGUGUUUCCUGCGAAACUCCCAAACCUGGUUCGAAGCCGGAAGCAACUCCUGCCAAGAGCAGUUUCUCGUUCGGAUCGGCUCCGACUCCGGCAGCAGUUUCGACGGAUUCGGGCUUCAAGGCCCUGGUCGCCCAACAGUCGGCCAAAUGGGAGUGCUCCGAUUGCAUGACCCGGAACGAUUCCGAUAAACUGAAAUGCGUCUGCUGUGAGAAGGCUAAGCCUGGUGCGGCCGCAGCUUCAACGCCGGCAGCUGUUCCAGCUGCCAUCAAAUCCAUGUUCUCAAUGCCGGUCAGUAGCAGCAGCUCAGACCAGGGAUUUAAAGCCCUUGUGGCGCAACAAUCGGCCAACAAGUGGGAAUGCAGCGCGUGUAUGACCCGAAACGAAGCCUCUCGCUCAAAGUGCGCCUGUUGCGAGCAGGCAAAACCUGGAUCGACCCCGGAAGAUGCACCUACCUUCUCCUUCGGAAGUACACCAGCAUCAUCCUCUUCCGGUGCCAAAUUCAGCUUCGGAGUCCCACCAAGCUCCGAUGCCGCCCCCAAGACAGGAUUUUCCUUUGGCGUCCCACCAGCUAACUCGACCGCAAGUGCUCCGGCAUCAGCGAGUACCGGAUUUACUUUCGGUUCAGUAACGUCUACAACGAACACGACCAACUCGGAGGAUAAACCCAAGUUCAGCUUUGGCAGUGGGACAAGCGCGGCCAAGAUAGCCACUCCCGCCAGUGGAAGCGGUUUCAGCUUCGGCAUCAAACCGGCCGCUACCUCCGACACCACAGAUAGUCCCAAACCAACGGAAAAGGCGGAAUCACCCAAACCGGCGCCCACCGGAGGAUUUAGCUUUGGAUCCAAACCAGCUUCAUCGGCUGCUUCCAAAACGUCCGAAGCUGUUACUUCAACGACCACCACCAGUGGAUUCAGCUUUGGUUCACCUUCCAGCAAACCGGCGGAAGCACCUAAAACCGUUGGUUUUUCGUUUGGAAAGCCGGCGGAAACUACCAAUGCCGUCUCCGCGACAGCAUCCCUAAUUGCGAAACCCACCACCAGCAGUAGUGACGCUGCGACGGAGCAGCAGAAGAAACCUACCGUCAGUUUCGGUUCGUUGGCUGCCGGCGCCACAACGACGGCCAGUUCCAGCUCAUUUGGAGCAUCCUCGGCGGCAAGCCCGGCGUCGUCCUUCAGCUUCGGGUCGGCAGCAACGAAGAGCACGGAAAGCAAACCAACACCAAUCGUCGGAAGCGGAAUGUUCAGCUUCGGAUCGCAAAAAUCGGCGGCUUCCAGUAGUACCUCAACGGUUGCACCGACUGCGGAAUCCAAGCCGACGGGCUUUUCCACAGGAGCAGCAAUCGCUGCUGCUGCGUCCAAUGUUCCUAUCUUUGGAGGUGCCCAAAAACCAGCUGGACCUUCCAUUACGCCAACGUUCAGUUUCGGAGCGGCUUCCGGGUCUACCGCCGCCAGUACGACGGCAUCAUCCAGCCCGGCCGCGUCAACAUUUUCCUUUGGAUCAACAUCGUCCAAACCUGCCGAAACGAGUACCACUACGAGCACCGUUACCGCUUCCACCCCGGCGGCGCCUAGCUUCGUCUUUGGCCAAAGUGGCCAAUCUGCCAGCAAAGUCAUGCCGAUCUUCGGUACUGCCGCCGCAGCGGCAACAGCGGCGCCCUCUUCCGAUAAACCCACCUUCGGAACAUUUGGAGCAGCUGCAGCCGCCGCCCCAGCUACCAACACCGGCACAUCGUCUACGGGGAUUUUCGGUAGCUCAACAACUACCGGCUCUUCGGGAUUCGGUUUCACGGCAGCGGCAGCUUCAGCUACGACGCCAAAACCCGCCGAAUCAUCAACGUCCUCCUCAGCAUUUACCUUCGGCGCCAGCAAAAGUAACUCUUCGUUAGCGUCCGGCGCUGCUCCGGUCUUCGGAUCACCAGCUGCAGCAUCCGCUAGCACUCCAAUUUUCGGUAGUCCCUCAACCAAUACGCCUACAUUUGGCAGCUUCGGAGCAGCAGCCGGCAGCAGUGGCACUUCCGCGCCUGCAUUUGGCUCCAGCACCUUUGGAGCAGCGUCGUCGCCGGCCCGUACCGGAAGCACAACCGGAUCGAUUUUCGGUCAACAGUCGACAGCAGCCGGUGCGACGGCACCAGCUUUCGGAAGCGCCUCGAGUGCUUCGACAACGGCUCCCGUGUUUGGAGCUGCCACUCCGGCAUUCGGAGCGAGUAGUCCGUUCGCCGCGCCAACGGGAGACGAACCCCAAGCGAAAAAGUUGUUCGAGUUUGGCUCGGGAUCGGCCACUGCGAACAGUGCACCUGCGGCAGCGCCUUUCCAGUUUGGAUCGAGCAGCAAUAACAAUAACAACAAUGACAACACCGCUAAGCCGUUUUCAUUCUCGGCAAAUUCCGCGCCCAGCUUUAACUUCACGGCGGGAUCCAACGUUGGACAAACGUCGGCUCCGUUUACGUUCGGCAGUAGCCAACCCGUUGCUCCGGUCGCCAGCGGCGGUAUGUUCAGCUUCGGAGCCGCGACCGGAGCCGGACCGGCGGGAGCACCAGCCCCACUCGGCAGCGGACUAGGAGGAAUGGCUGACCGCCACAAGUAUACCUGGUCAAACGCAGCAGCAGGCCGCCCGGAGGAAAAUCCGCGCCACAAGACGUAUCACGCCACGGUAGGAGCAAGACGCCCUCCUCAAGCAGCAGCAGCAUCGAAGAACGCCGCUAAUCCUACUGUUACGACUACUCGCACCAAACACCCUAACCUAGUAUGGACAAAGGACGGCCAGAAUAGCAACAGCAUCAGCAGCAGCAGUAACAAUCCGACACGUACAACGACGACAAUUAUGACCAGUACCAACAACAACAACAGCAACACCGCCGGGACGGCCGAGGUCAUGCUUCCGCCACCGCCGCCGCCGCCCGGAUCGCAAAACUAUGACAAAUCUCGGUUCCGAUACGUCUCGCCAGAGUUGAAGCGCAAGAUGACCUCCACCAGCGGAACGCGGCAAUCGGAACCGGAACGGGAACCGGACCACACCAUGUCUUGAACGGGACGGUAACAGACGCAUUGGAGACAAAGGCGCGCCGCGCGUGCUGCAAAAAUUUUUGUUUCGUGUGUGCGCGAGCAUAGUAUAGGCGUUAAGUUAGAGUACUAUGAUGUUGAGAAAAUGGGGUUUUGGAGGCGCGCCGGGAACACCGCUCCCUUCCUCGGAAGGCACAUGGCACAUACAUAACUGCGCAGUUUUUUGUACAGUCGAAUUUGAGGAACUUAGGCCUUUUCCCUUCUCUCCUUCUUGAAUUGAAGGAAUUAAAUUAUUUUAUAGGAUUUAUUGCGGAAUGUAUGUGUCAUCCCGGGUGUGGCGUGUGGCGGACGAUCCCCGGCGACCCGCUUUUCUACUACUGUAUAUGAAAUAUAUUCUACUGAAGGAAGAAUACUGAUCCUAUUCUCGAGGUAGAGACAAGAAAUCAUUAACUGUCGAAGCUCUUUUCCCGUCGCCGAUUAUAUAAAAAGAAAAACAGAAACAAACAAUGUAAUAUGUUCCACGUGAUUCAAGGGAAAAGAGGUUUGCACAGCGCGGAUCAACUGUAAUUACAUAAACAAAAAAAAAGUAAACUAAAUCUAGUGUAUAAGCUUCACACAAAAACAUUACACGAUAGUACGAUUGUAGGAUGCUUUAAUAAUUGAAUUGAGCGGAAGACACACGAACGAAACGGAGACGCAACACGGACGGAAACGGAGUUUAACUACCUAUAUAAAAGGGGAAAAAGAUCGAUGAAGGAUCGGAACGCUAGAUGUAUAAAUUAAGCGGUACUCUGCGACUACUUCGCACUAAAAAAUUGCCACGUGAAAAUAUCAUAUUAGUAGCAUAUUUUUUUUUUUCAUUUCUUUUGUUUACCUUUGCCCACUUGUUUACGAUGAUUAUGGAAAGUCGAAUAAAAUUUUUCCGUUUGAUGUCAUAGUUUGUUAAAUUUGUUUAUUCCCAGCGGUGAAAUGCUGGGGGAUUCAUCGCUAAAAGAAGUGGGACAAGAACUGAAGGAUUUUGAAUCCUUGUAAAAACUGAUGAAGACACUCAUACUUAUAUACAUACAAACACACACGCAUACACACACACACACCCAAACACCGACGUACCACAUACUAAACGGAGAGAAUAGAGAACGAGUUUAUUUUUCUGUUUAGAAAAUACUACUACAGUCAUGACUCGCUGGUUGGGGGCUUAAUAGUUGGGUGACUUUUUAGUUGGGGCCCCGUUAGUUGGGCUGUCAGCCAACUAAAAAGUACCUGGAUGUCAUAAUUCAAUGUCAAACUGAAAAUGACAACCAAUCUGUAAUUCCGAGGGGUGAGCUAAUGAGUUUUUGGUUUCUUAAACUUUACUAAUAAUCGAAAAGAAUUUCUAUUUCAUAUUUCUUUAAAAAAAAAAGAAUAUGUACAAUUACUUCGAAACAAAUGCAAAACAUCGGUAAUCUUUAUUUUGUCGAUCAUUGAAAGCGUUUUGUGCUUGCUUUUGGUCCGGGUGGUUUCAUAAACAUCUAUAUUUUCACUUCACCGACUAAAAAUGGGUGAAAAUAAUUAUUUCCUGCAUUGGCCAUAUAUGUAUCUUGCAAAACGUAUCAGUAUUGUUCUAAAUGUGAAAAAAUUGAAAAAUUUUCCUUUUUGCUUCCAACCUAAACAUGAUUUAAAAAAAAACAAUGCGCACGCCCCUUGUGCUGCUGUCACUUCACCCAACUAGCGAAUCGAAUUCGUUGGUUGGGUGGAGGUUGUGGCUCAACGAGCGGGUUCCGACUGUACUACUACUAGGAGAACUUAACUGUACUUGAGACGAGAGAACAGACGCGGGAUGAAGCAAAGAAGCGAAACAAACAGAAAAUAAGUUGUUAUACCCUAUCAAAUCAAACACGAUGAUGAUGAGAUAUUGUUCAGGCAUCCUUCAAUGUAUAGACUUUAUCAAAGGGGCUGUGCGUUGUUCCGGGUUGGGAUGGAUGUGGCGGCGGGAGAUUCGGACAGGAGACGGAAUACCUGGCGGGACGGUUCUCAAAAUUAGUCAAUAAUUAAUGAACUACAAUGCGGAUUUACCCUAUCGGACGUGGAAGAUCAGGAAUCGGUCGAAAAAAGCCUUAAAACUGGUAAGCAGUUUGUAGAAGGUUCUUAUUGCUGAACCACCAGAUUGCUCUUGACUUUCUGAAGAACUUAGCCGAAGACGAUACUGUUCUAUCUGCUUUGGAUCCCGAAGUAUACACACUGCCACGAAUAGUUCUACCCUCAUCCGUGGGGUGCGCUGCUAGCAGUGUCUCUCGAUUUUCAGCAGUGUUCAUAGUCUUCUCGCUGAAGUCACAGACAAACAGACGUAAGACUUUUAAUGAUCGUAAUAAAUCUCCAUAGUUGUGGCUUUCACAACCAGAGGCGCGUCCAGUGUUUUUCUUUGCGUUUGACGUUUCACACUAGCGCCUUCUAUUGGUGUUGCGGCACAAAGAAGGUUUCGUGAAACAUUUCCACAUGGUGGUGGUAGUGUGAACUGGACAUUCCAUGGAAAUUGUUUUAGGUGUUACGCCUGUUUUCUGUGAUAAAUGGUCUUCGCUUUUGUCCAGUUAUCGAGAGUGAAUGUUCUACAAUAUUGGAUUUGUUUUUCACACAUGUUUUUUUCGGAAAAAGCAUGCAAAUCUUUAGCCAAUAUUUUCUUCUUGUUUUUUUUUUGCAAAAGUUUCCCUUGAAAUCCCUUUAGGAGUUACUUCAUUCCACUAGAAUUACUCCGUGGAUUCUCCAGUAUGUAGUUCCUUUGCGAUUGUCAUUAGACGUUCCACAUGGAAUUGCUUUAAGAUACCCUGAGAUACCCUGAGGAAUUCAUUCACUUGAUUCCUGGGAUUUCUCCAUGAGUUUCUUCUGAGAUUUCAUCAAGAGUUCCUUCUAGGAAUCGACCAGCAGUCCCUUACUAAAUUCCUCCUUGAUUACAUACGGUGAUUCCUUCAGGAGUUGGAACUUCUCAAGGAAUUUAUUCUGGGUUUAACCCAAACCCUUUCCUCAUUAGAAGUUCCACCAGAAAAUGCUCUCUGAAUUUCUUCUGAGAUUCCUCCAGAAAUUCCUUCACGGAUUCCUUUAUGAGUUACUUCUGACAUUCUCUUAGGAAAUUUUUUCUGGGAUUCCCCCGAGAGUUUUUCUGGGAUUGUUGGAGGACUUGUUCUGGUAUACCAGCACAAGUCCUUUUUGAGAAUUCUAUAUAAGUUUUUUCUGGAUUUUAUCCAUGUAUUCGUUCAUGGAUUCCUCCAAGAACUUCGCCAGUUUCCCUUCAAAAUUCACAUAAGAAAUGAUCUAGGAAUAUCUAAUAAGGUAUCCUUCAAAAGUGCUCUCUGGGAAUCCUCAAGGGGUUCGUUCUGGAAAUCUCCUGGAGUAUUUUCUGGGAAACCUUCAGAACUUCUAAAAAUGCUCCAGAACUUAUUGGAUUCCUUUAUGAGUUACUUCUGGCAUUCCCUUGAGAAGCUUCGUCUGGGAUUCCUCCAAGAGUUUCGUCUGGGAUUGUUAGAGGAUUUGUUCUGGGAUACCAGCACAAGUUCUUUUCAAGAAUCCUACAGAAGAUCUCUUUGGAUUUCAUUCAUGUAUUCGUUCAUGGAUUCCUUCAAGAACUCCUGCUAGUUUCCCUUCAGAAUCCACUUUAGAAAUGUUCUAGUGUUUCCUACCAAAUGCUCUCUAAUGCUUUCUGGGAAUCCUUCAGACCUUUUUUUCUGGGAAUUCUCUACAAGUUCGUUCUGGAAGUCUCGCAGAGUAUCUUCCGGGAAUCCUUCAGGACUUUCAUAUAGAAAUCCUCCAUAAGUUGCUUCUGGGAAUCGUUUAAUAAUUCCUUCUGAGAAUCCUCCAGGAUCUGAAAGUCCUUUUGGAGUUUUUUUCUGACAAUCCUGCAUUCUUUAAGAACUCUACAAAAGUUCCUUCUGGAUUUAAUCCAUAUAUUCUUUCAUGGAUUCCUCCAAGAGUUUCUGCCAAUUCACCUUCAGAAGCCACUUCAGAAAUGUUUCAGGAUUAUCUAGUAGGUAUUCUUCAAAAUGCUUCCUGGGAAUCCUCGAGGAGUUCGUUGUGGAAGUCUCCUGGAGUAUCUUUUGGAAAUCCUUCAAUACUUUCAUCUAGAAAUCCUACAGAACUUGUUAUUUCUUGGAAUGCUUCAAUGAUUCCUUCUAGGAAUCCUCUAGUUUAUGUGAGUCCUCUUGGAGUUUCUUCUGAAAAUCCUGCAUUUUUUAAGAACUCCAAAAAGUUCCUUCUGGAUUUCAUCCAUGUAUUCGUUUGUGGGCUCAUCCAAGAGUUUCUGCCAGCUUCCCUCCAGGAUCCACCUAAGAAAUGUUCUAGGAUUAUCUAUUAGGUAUCCUUCAAAAGGUUUUGUUCUUGGAAUCUUCCAGGACUUUUCUCUGUGAAUCCUUUUAGAGUUCGUUCUGGAUGUCUCCCGGGGUAUCUUCUGGGAAUCCUUCAGGACUCUAAUCUAGAAAUCCCCCAGAACUUGCUUCUGGGAAUCCUCCAGAACUUGUUUCCGGGAAUCCUACAAUGAUUCCUUCUAGGAAUCCUCCUGGAUAUGGAGUUUUUUUGAAAAUCCUGCAUUUUUUAAGAAUUCUACAGAAGUUCCUUAUGGAUUUUAUCCAUGUAUUCGUUCAUGGAUUCCGUUUCUGCCAGUUUUCCUUCAGAAUCCACUUUAGAUAUGUGCUUGGGAAUCCUCUAGGAGUUCGUUCUGGAAGUCUCCCGGACUAUCUUCUGGGAAUCCUUCAUGACUGUUAUCUAGAAAUCCUCUAGAACUUGUUUCUGUUGAUCCCUUAAUGAUUUUUUCUAGAAAUCCUCCAGAAUUUGGAAGUCUCUUGGAGUUUCUUUUGAAAAUCCUGAAUUUUUAAGAAUUCUACAGAAGUUUCUUCUGUAUUUCAUCCAUGUAUUCAUUCAUGGAUUCAUCCAAUAGUUUCUGCCAAUUUCUCAUCAGUAUUCCAUCAGUAUUCACUUCAGAAAUGUGCUGGGAAUCCGGUGGGAGUUCGUUCUGAAAUUCUUCUGAAGUAUCUUCUGGCAAUCCUUCAGGACUUCCAUCUAGAAAUCCUCCAGUACUUGUUUCUAGGAAUCCUUCAAUGAUUCUUUAAAGGUAUCCUCCAGGAUAUGGGAGUUCUCUUGGAGUUUCUUCUAAAAAUCUUACAUUUUCAACAAUCCUACAGAAGUUCCUUCAUGGAUUCCUCCAAGAGUUUCCCUUAGAAUCCUUUUUAUAAAUGUUCUAGGAUUUCCUACUUGGAAUCCUUCUGAAAUUUUCUCUGGGAAUCCUCUAGAAAUUCGUUCCGGAUGUCUUCCGGAGUAUCUUCUGGAAAUCCUUGAGGACUUUCAUAUAGAAACCCCCAGAACUUGUUUCUGAAAAUCCUUCAGUAAUUCGAUCUAGAAAUCCUUCAGGAUCCAGGAAUCCUCUUGGAGUUUCUUCUCUAAAUCUAGCAUUUAUUUUAAAGAAUUUUACAGAAGUUCUAUUAAAAUUUCAUCUCUUCAGAUUCCACAUUAGAAAUAAUCUUGGAUUUUCUACUAGGUAGCCUUCAAAAGUGAUUUCUGAGAAUCCUCUAGUACUUUUCUCUGGGGAUUCAAUUGGGGGAUUCUCUAAGAGUUCGUUCUGGAAAUCUCCCGAAAUUCGUUCGGGGUAACCUUCAAAAGUGCUUUCUGAGAAUCCUCUAGAACUUUCUUCUAGAAAUCCUCCAGGACUUUCUUCUAGAAAUCCUCCAGGAUUUUUUUUCUAGGAAUCCUCCAGGACUUUCUUCUAGAAAUUCUCCAGAACUUUUCUCUAGAAACCCUCCAUGACUUUCUUCUAGAAAUCCUCCAGGAUUUCUUUCUAUGAAAUCCUUCUGACUGAAAAUCCUAGAGAAGUUCCUUGGGGUUCUUCAUAGUAAUCCGUCAGAAGUUCCUUAAAGAAUCCUUCAGGAUUUCUUUUUUGGGAUUCCUCCAGGACUUGUUUAUGGGAAUCUUUUAAAAGUUUCGUAAAGAAAUUUUCCAGCACUUACUUUUGGAAGUCUUUUGAAAGUUUCUUUAGAAAAUGCUUCAGUAUUUCCUGGAGGAAAACCCCAUCAGGAGUUCCUUCUGUGAAUCUGGGAGCCCUCCUGGAGUUCCAUCUGAAACACUGCAGGAGUUUUAUAUGGGAAUCGUGCAGAAGUUCCUUUUAUUAAUCUUUCAGGAGUUAACAGGAAUCCUUCGGCAGCUCAUUUAAGAAAUCCUCCUGAAGUUCUUUCUCUUUGGGAUUCCUUUAAAAGUUCCUUAUGAAAAUUUUCCAGAAGUUUUAUCUAGAAAUCCUCCAGCAGUCCCUUCUGGGAAUUUUUCAAGAGUUUUUUUUAUCUUGAAAGCCUUCCUGAAGAAAUUUUUAGACCCAUCCUGGAUUAAUCCCUAAAUGUAGUUCUCAAAGAAAUCCCAGACUAAACUCUUGUAGUAAUCCAUAUUAUAAAGGAACCCAUAGAAGGCGUUCGUAAUCCAUGGAUGAAUUUCCUGGAGAGAUCCUCUUGGAAUAAUCCCUAUAUGGAAUUCCUGGACAAAUUCCCAGAGAUCAGAUGAAAUUACUGGGAUUCUCAGAAAGUGUUUUCGGAAGGAUUCCAAGAAGGCUGGAGUAAUCCAUUGAUCCAGAGCUUUCUUGAGAAGAUGUCGUCAGAACGAAUUCCUGUAGGAAUCCUCAGAAGAAGUUUCUGGAGGAAUUCUCAGCAUGAAUUUCUAAAGUGACCAAAAAAUGGGAUUACUGGAAAUUUCUACAGAAGGAACUAGUCCCCGGAUAAUUGUCCGACAAGUCCUCUGACAAUCGAGUCCGACCUGCAGUACCUACUACUAAGAUGAGAUAUAAUUUGUGUUAUCAUGAAGGUACCUAAGCACGUCAAAUAGGGUGCAUCCAAUUGAAACAAAUGUGAUCAAUUUGCCGAGGGCUAAAACAAUGGGAAGUUAUAUGUAGAAAUAACUUCAAAAAGUCUGCUCAAACAUUACAUUCUAAUUGACAUUUGGCUUCUUCUAUAGUUGGAUUAUUGUAAACAAACAAAAAAAACUAUAAGCACCAAACAAAUAUCAUCCCAAUAUGCCCCGCAAAUGCCAAGUCUCGAGCCACCUCACGUAUUCCGUCUCGGACCCAAAUUCAGACCCGGAACGGCGCAUACCUUAUUCUAGGGAAGUUAACUAUUAAGAUAAGCUAAAAGUACUCUUUAUAUAGGAAAAAAAAUGCAAAGCAAGUCAAGAGCUACACCCUCAUACAUAUAUAAAAACAAAAAUAAAGGAGAAUUGAUCCAAAUCAGGAAAUUAGUUCUCAAUCGGAAGUGUUUCAUCCAGCCUGGAUGCUGGGGAUUAAUAGCUUCCACCAUUCGGGGACUAUUAUCGCUCCAUCUGUUGCAGCAGAAGCCCUCUUCCUACUCUCUUUUCUGAUAUUUUCACCGUAUCAUCUUGUUUCUUAAACCAUCCUUUCACAAAAUAUCUCCAAAAAAUGGAACAAUCCAUCUUCCAAAGCACAUUAUACAUCCUAGACAUUGAUUUGCAUUUUGUACAAAGUUUUAGCUACUUACGAUAGCCUAAGAGUAAUACAAAGUGGACACAGCAACAGUAACUCUGCAAGGGCGAUCAAUUCUCCUUUUAUUUCUUUCAAACAGCAUCUGUUAGAGAACUUCACACACACACACCAAACCAAUCACACACCAUAGAAUUUGAAUCCCAUCAACCAAAUUCAAUUUUAGUAACAUCCUCAGACGCAUUGCAUCUUUCUAUCUCUCUGCCUUGGUAGGUCUUCAAUUCUCAUUCCGCGAAGAAAAAUGAUCAAAAUGCUUAUUUGCACUUGAAUCGAAAAUAUCAAUACUCCCCCCAAAACCUAUAUGCCAAUGAUAGCCUUGUUCGAAUGUUUCUAUCUCUCUGUAGCUACCUAGUUGUUUUGCUAGAUGUCUUUAUUUUCCAAAGUUUUUUAUUUGUGUUCAUUAAUUUACGAAUCCAGAUGUUUAUUACAGUUGAACUGUUGUACAUUGCUACCAAUAAUUGUUUUUUUUUUGUUAAUGUCCCAGUUCGUGGAACUAGUUCGAAUAACUGAGAGAUAGACAUUCGCAACAAUGGUAUAUCGUGUCUAUUCUGCUGGUCGAACAAGACAGAACGAGCUGUAGAUUGUUUCCCAGUUCAGUUACUUCCAUUUGGUUUACAUGACCCCUCGUAGUUUGUUCAGUCACCGUAUCGUCCGUCCCGUUUGACUUACAGAAUAGCAGUAAACAAUACUUAUAAAAACAAACACAUGCCAAGAGAAGAUGGAAAGAGGAUUACGCCCGAGAGGAUCACGAGCCGGAAAUAAACUGAAAUUGAAAACACAAACAGAAAAUAGUGAAAACGGAAAAAGAAAACACAGAUGUUUAUUGUUAUUUUAAUGACUUAUGAUAAUUUAAGUGAGCGAAAUGAAAACAGACACAGCAACUGCAAACAAACAUGGAAAUAGUAGUACUACGAGUGGAUGUGGAAUGGAAUGAGUGCAUUGGAUAAAAAUAAUAAACAAAAAAAAAUCAAUGAAAAAAAAACUGGAACAGAUUUUGUUUAGUAAAAGUAAAAUAAUUGACAAAAAAGAUAAAUAAAAAAUAUUAAAACGCAA